GACUUCGGCCGAACCCCUACUUUGUUCCACCAUGUCGGCGGCGCGUCUCACCAUCCGAGCCAACGCUGACCUUCCCUGUCUCUACUCCGAUUCGCGUACGCAUCUUCCGCAGGGGGGCAACAUUCAACAGCCCGGGGAUCCGUCUGCGACCCGCAACGUGCGCUUGCCUCGUGUCACGCAAAGCGGCGGCAUCAUCAGCAAGAGCGAGGAUGGAUUGCGCUGUGUAGUGGGCGGCAGAGAAUACCUGCGAAUUAUUCGGGCCACAAGUCCGGACGAAUUGCAUCCUUCCUCAGAGCACAGAUGGAGUCUGGGACCUGGCGGGUAUCGUCUGGAUGCAUCGAGAAACAUGUGGGAUGGGAGCGGUCUCAAGGUUGAAAGCACCAUAACAGAUGUGGCCUGGUGCCAUGGGCGUGCGUUCUCAACCGCUUCAUCCUCUGAAAGCUAUUCUCAUGCCGAACAAGUGUUCAAUCACAAGAUACUGACCGGCGCUAAGAGUGGAGAGUUGAUAAUGUGGGACUUGACCAGAUCCUCCAAGUUUGAACGCAAAGCCAAGGACCACGUCCGCUCUGUACACAAGUUGGCCGUUUCUCCCCUCGCUCAGCACUACUGUGUGACUGGCUCUGCUGACGGAGAUCUACGCGCAUGGGACAUCCGGGAUAUGCAACGGUCCAUUAUGCGCAUUCGUAAUGCCAGUGCAAUCCGCGCGAUGGCCUUUUCUCCGAAUCCGUCUUCGGCCCUGCAAGUCAUCGCUGGUUUCGAGAACGGCAGUUUGCUUCGUCUUGACUUGCGAUUGGGUCAGCGCGGUACAAUAGACCGCCUACCUGUCGCCCAUUCCUCUAGUGUGACAUCGAUGGAUUGGUGUCUGCGCGACGGGGAGAUGGCUGCGGACACCAGCUCUGGGUUGGGCUGGUUGGUCACAUCGGGGCUCGAUAAAACCGUGAAGAUCUGGGAUCUGACCAAAGUUGCUCUCGAUCCUCCAGCAAGCGGUGAUGCCCGUGGAUCGCGGAAACCUUCAUACACACUGCAUCCAUCGUUUCCCGUUCGGAGAGUGUUGUGGCGACCUGGCUAUGUUUGCGAGGUGGCUGUGAUCUCCAACUCCAAUGCUGAAUUUGGCAGCGGCAAUUUCUCCGAACUGGCCGGUUCCAAUUCCCGAGGAACUUAUGCGUCGGUUCUCAGCCCUCAGAGCGAGAGAGUCAACCGUGCAUCUGCAACCGCUGACAGGCACAAGUCGACUGCGGGAAUCGGCGACGCUGUUGAGAUAUGGGAUGCCAGGCGUGGAUGGAUUGCCAAAUGGUCGAUCCGCGGGUCUGCUAUCGACGGUGGUGUCACUGACAUUGCAUUUCGCGACUCUCACGCGUUAUGGGCUAGUCAUUCGUCUGGAAUGUUCUCGCAGCUCGAUCUUCGCGAGUCUAUUCGACCUAUUGACGCGAUCCCUCGCUCUGCCGUUGCUUGGGAAGCUUCAGGCUCGUUGGCGUUUGCCGUUGGAUCCCGUGACCAAUGGGAGGUUCCUUACGAUGAUCUACGUCCUGACUAUCGCGCUGCAAUGAGCGACAAGCGCAAGAAUACUCUAAUCAAGGCAUUGGGAGAUCCCAAGUAUCAGCCUCAGCAUCAAACGUUAGCCAACUUCUCCGAUCUCGACUCUUUCACGGGGAUUGAGACAAUCACCAAAUUCGCUCGCGCGUAUACCAUUGAGGGACUCAUUUCAUCACAGACCGCUUUCGAUGUGGGGAACAUUAAGGUCGCUCAAGUGUGGUCACUGAUGGCUACCGCUCUGAAAAAUGUCGUGUCAGAUCCGCUCGUCUCACCGACUGCUACCGCCGCGAUCACAAGCAAUUACGCCUUCCCGCCAGUCUCCUCGUCACGAGACACCAGUACGUCGACAUCCAGGAAGCGCACGCCCGUUUCCUCCGCGUCGUCGUCUCCGCGGCUGCACGUGGGAUCACUGCCGCCGACGAGUUCGCGCCCGCCUAUGGGUCGGCGCAAGUCCGGCGACUCGAGCCUAUCUGGAGGGCGGCGACCAUCGCACUUGCGAAAGCUCUCCAUGACGAGCAGUUCGCUUCUGUCUCCGACCUUGCUUGAUUCCGCCAAGCACGUCGGCGAGGGUGCACUCGACUCGGACGAGGACGACUCUUCGGACGGAGGCACGGGCGACGAGCGGACCGACGAUGACGAUGACGACGAGGCUGGCGGCCCCGUGGUUGCUGUCACCCCAGUCCGCAUGAAAAGCCGUUCGCUGUCCAUACCCCCAGCGCCGAGCCCGUUGUCGAGGGAAAUGGAGCAGGAAUCAGCCGGGGACGAUUCGUCGGUUUCCCCCAAUUCCACUGACGUCGAGGGCAGCCGGUAUCAGUCCCCCAAAUCCAAAUCCCGAUCAACGAGCUACGCGUCUCGACUCAAGGCGAGCAGCAGGAGCUCCACUACACUGGCGUCGUUGAGGCGGGAGUCGUCGCACAGCAGCAUCCAAACUGUGACUGCGACGGGAGAGGUCUCGUUCCAUGACCCGCACGGGCUGAAAGCCGAGGAAACGAUCAGAGACCUUCGGGCGCAGAAAUCCGCAGAGAUGCAACAAGCCGACCAAGAGCAGCAGGACAGCGCUGACUUGCACAAGUUAUCGGACCGCAGGGCCGAUUUCGUCCAGCAGGACGAGUAUAACCUGCACCAGAUCACAUGGGAGAUUCUGCGAGACACGUUGCGCCAGUUUGCGGAUGAGGGCGAUGUCCAGACAUGUGCUAUGCUGGCUCUAGUGGCGCCUGAGGAACUGCGAUUGCAGCCGAGGCAGAUCCUGCGUUACCUCGAGUCAUACAUCGAGCUGUUGUCCCGCUUGCAAUUGUACACGACGGCUGCCUACAUCCGGAAAUUCUGCCAGACGGAAGAAGUGCGGAACCGAACCUUGGUGGAGACCGUGAUCCACACGUUGUGCGGGAAAUGCAGGAAGGCGAUCGUCGUAUCGUCAGCGGGACAGCUCGUGCGGGGAGCAUACGCCUUCUGCUCCACGUGCAAAGCACACUGUGUCACGUGUGCAAUCUGCCGGCUGCCUGUGCGGACUUUGCUUUUCCAAUGCUCGAUCUGUCAUCACGGUGGCCAUCAAUCGUGCUAUCGGCGGUACUACAUGGAGAACUCGAUGGUGCCCAUGCCAGGCUCGGUGCUGACAGACGAGACCCGGGGUCGACGGCGCGCCCGCGACCAGGCCUUGAAUGGCCCUGGCGAAGGAGCCGCGAACGAAAAGCGCUUCGGGCAUCCCUGUGUUUCUGGCUGCGGCCACUGGUGCUGGGCGGCCAACGAAGAAACCUGAUAUUGGCAAAUACACGGUCUCUAUGUUUUCUCUUCUGUGUCUGCCACGGUUUCCCGCUGCUCAUGUCUCUGCUCCGAAAUCUGCCGCCAUCUCGUGUACGCCGUGAGAAGCACGAUGAGGGGGCAUAGCACGAUGAUGGAGACCAUCCCUCGCCGCCACCUCGGCGCAUCGUUGGCCGGGAAGAAGACGAUAGACCACCAGGCGUUGAAGGCGUUGCUCCACAUGUUCAUCGCGGCCAGAAUCACGGAACGCUCUUGGUCGUCGCCGCGCGCAAGGUCGUUGCACCAGCCAAAGUUGGAUGCCUGGCCUGCGUAUGAAACACUGCGGGGCAUCCGUCAAACUCAAACCAGGCUCACGAGCCAAUUCGGGUGACGCACCCGGCCAGAUAGAAGGCGAAGAAUAUGCUGCCCGUGGAGGGGUAGGCAAGGAGGACCGAGGACGAUAUCAGCAUACACACUGCAAUCAGGAUAUUCACUUGGUAUCGCUUCUGCGUGUAGUCAGUCCACACAGCCUGUUCGAGCCGUCAAUCUACAUUCUCC